UUAAUUUUUCUCCUAAUGGUAUUAAUCAAUCCUUACCUUUUUUAAAAAAAAUUCGUUGCACUCAGUUCCUCCUUAUCAAAGUAGCUUCCUUGAAUUAAAAGAGAAAAACACAUUGAAUUAUGGUCUUGAAUGAAGGUGCUAUAUAUAAGGGUAGCUCUCCGAUGCCAUCGAUUCUAUUCAUCUGAUGAAAAAUGUUAACAAAAGUAUUUCUUUUCUUUGGAAGGAUCCUAACACUAAUGAGGGUGUUUGGUCAAUUUUUGAGAAGCCCUUUGAAGGACAUGAGUCUUGUGUAAUCUAACUUGUGAAGGACGUGAGGAAAGUGUAUAACAGUAGCUGAAUUAUGCAAGAGUCAAUGGCCAAACAAAUGUCUAUUUUUAUUGAAGUACUUAUUAUUUGAAGUGUAAGUGUAUGUAUUACCCUUAAAGCCUAGGUCCAUUAUUUUACACUAAUUAAGAUAUUGUGGUGGAUUUCGAGCAACACUAGCGUUGAUGGCUUGUGCACAACUUUAGCAUAGCCUUAUACAGUGGUCCUAGAGUUGUUGUCUUGUUGAGUACUGGGCUGAAAUUUGAAUAGCAAUAUGAACAAAUCUUUCCGUUGCAGUAACCGAAUUUAUCGAGCAUUUCUCACUACUCAAUCACAACCACUAUUAACCAGUCCUGUCCCAACUCAAGAAAACAUCACCCGUUUAAUUUUGGAACAAAAAUCUGCAACUCAAGCUCUUCAAACCUUUAGAUGGGCCUCCAACAUUCGCAAUUUCACUCACAAUCAAUCUACUUACCGAGCAUUAAUCCGCAUGCUCUGCAAUUUUCGGCGUUUUGAUUGUGUCCACCACCUGCUCGACGAAAUGCCUAGCUCUAUUGGGUCAACCCCAGAUGAGGAUAUCUUUGUUACCAUUGUACGUGGUCUUGGUCGUACUGGAAUGAUUAAACAAGUCAUCAAAAUUCCUGAAUUGGUGUCCAAGUUUGAAAAGAAACCGACCCUGAAGCUCUAUAAUUCGAUUCUUGAUGUUCUUGUUAAGGAAGAUAUAGACAUUGCUAGAGAGUUUUAUAGGAUUAAAAUGAUGGGAAAUGGUAUUCACGGUGAUGAUUAUACUUAUGGGAUUUUGAUGAAAGGACUUUGCUUGACUAAUAGGAUUGGUGAUGGGUUUAAGCUUCUUCAAGUGAUGAAAACUCGUGGCAUUACCCCAAAUACUGUGAUUUACAAUACACUUAUACAUGCACUUUGCAAGAAUGGGAAGGUAGGGAGAGCAAGGAGUUUGAUGAGAGAUUUGGUUGAACCAAGUGAUGUGACUUUUAACAUUUUGAUAUCAGCAUAUUGUGGAGAGGGGAGUUUAGUACAGGCUUUGGUGAUGCUGGAAAAGAGCUUUAAUAAAGGGUAUAUACCUGAUGUUAUUACAGUGACUAAAGUAGUGGGACUUCUUUGUAACAACGGACGUGUUUCAGAGGCAGUGGAAUUACUAGAAAGAGUUGAGGAAAGAGGAGGUAUUGUUGAUGUUGUUGCUUAUAACACAUUGAUUAAUGGGUUUUGUAGAUUAGGGAAAGUGAAAGUUGGCUGUCGUCUUUUGAAGGAGAUGGAGUUGAAAGGGUGCAUGCCAAAUGCAGAUACAUAUAAUGGCUUGAUAUCUGGUCUUUGUGACUCCAAGAUGUUGGAUUUGGCACUUGAAAUGUUCAAUGAAAUGAAAAGGGUUGGGAUAAAUUGGAAUUUUGUCACGUAUGAUACUCUUAUCCAUGGAUUGUGUUCGGGUGGGAGAGUGGAAAAUGGAUUGAAGAUCUUGGAAGUAAUGAAGGAUGAUAAAGGUGUUUCAGCGUUUCAUAUUAGUCCGUAUAAUGGUGUUAUAUAUGGGUUUUACAAUGAAAACUGUUUGGAAGAAGCACUUGCAUUUCUAAGGAAGAUGGAAAAUUUGUUUCCCCGAGCUGUGGAUAGGAGCGUGAGAAUAAUUGGUUUUUGUGAAAAUGGCAACAUUGGUGAAGCAAGGAGGGUCUAUGAUCAAAUGGUCGAGGAGGGUGUUAUGCCAAGUGCUCUUGUUUAUGCAAACUUAGUUAGUGGAUAUUGUAGCAAAGGAUGUAUAAAAGGAGCAUUUGAGCUGAUGAACGAGAUGAUUGGGCGUGGUUAUCUUCCAGUUGCAUCCACAUUAAAUGAUGUGAUAAUUCUGCUUUGCAAGCAGGGUAAAGUUGGAAAGGCAUCUAAGUUGAUGGAGGACAUCAAAGGUAGAGGCUGCUUGCUGGACUCUGGAAGUUAUGGUCCGUUCAUUGAUGUCUUCUGUAGCAGAGGAGAUUUCCACAAAGCAUAUAUGUUCUUUCUGCAAAUGGUAGAAAAGGGUAUAGUUCCUGAUUACCAUUUAUGGAAUACGUUACUUGUGUGCCUUUGUCAACAAACAAGUUGGAUAGAAGGCAAUAACAAGACUUGUCGUUUAACUAGCCAAUUGCAGGCCAUAAUACAGACAUGAUCAAUCACUAGAACAUCAUACUUAACUGCAGGUUUUAGGACUCCUGGCUGAUUGUGGCUAAGAUAUAGUCUAGGACUGCAUUGUAUUCAAC